CGCUAGCUUUUUUCAUAUCACAGUCUAAUGCUUGGCUAAUACGAAGCUGUUAAAGUUCACACUUUGACGUGUUUGUUUGCUAUGCAGAAGACGCGUGCAUGUCAAGGCGCGUGCGCGUGUUUCUGAGUAUGAGCUGUAUUAAUCAGUCUGUGAUUAGUGAUCAAUGGUGUGAGUGCGCGGCUCUCUCUGGAGAUCAGCAGAUUCGAUGCAAAAGAGAGUCGGAGGUGAUGAAGGAUCAGGGCCGAUGUUGCAGAGGAAGGAGUCGUUUUCUCUCCUCUCGUCAUCAGAGACGUGGCUCUUCAGUGGGAAGAAGAGGAAGCAGAGGACGAGAGAUGUGGAUUCACUCAGUCUGUGCAGCUUGGACAUCAAUGAAUCCAUGCGAUUGGGAGGAUGGAUACGUCCCCAUGCAGAUUUUGCUCAUAUUCAGGAGCCCAGCAGCAAGCGUGUGAAGCCUCUGUCUCGAGUCACGUCUCUGGCCAGUCUCCUCCCUCCAGUCAAAGCUGCUCCGCUCAAGCGCAUCGGACAGACGCUGCAGCGCUCCAUCAGCUUCCGUAAUGACUGCAGACCGGAGAUCAUCGCCCCGCGGCCGUGGAGCCGGCAGAUCGCUCCAGCCAUCACCAAACGCCGCGACAGCAAGCUGUGGAGCGAGACAUUCGAUGUGGGCCUGGGACAUAUGCUGUCCUCCAAAGAGAUCAAGAGACAAGAGGCCAUCUUUGAGCUGUCUCAGGGAGAACAGGACCUGAUUGAGGACUUGAAGCUGGCCAAGAAGGCGUAUCGUGAGCCCAUGCUGAAGCUGUCCAUCAUGAGCGAACACGAGCUCAAUCAGAUCUUCGGCACGCUGGACUCCCUCAUUCCUCUGCAUGAAGAUUUGCUGAGUCGACUCCGAGAAGCCAGAAAACCGGACGGCUCCACAGAUCACAUGGGUCAUAUUCUAGUGGACUGGCUCCCUUGUCUUGAAACCUACGCCACUUACUGCAGUAACCAGGUGGCAGCCAAAGCCCUGCUGGACCAUAAGAAGCAGGACCAUCGGGUGCACGACUUCCUCCAGCGCUGUCUGGAGUCGCCCUUCAGCCGUAAACUGGACCUCUGGAGCUUCCUGGACAUCCCCCGCAGUCGCCUGGUCAAGUACCCGCUGCUGCUGCGAGAGAUCCUCAAACACACGGCGAGCGAGCACCCCGACCGCCAGCACCUGCAUCACGCCAUGAGCAUGAUCCAGAGCAUCGUGGCACAUAUUAACACCCAGACGGGCGAGUCGGAGUGCCGUUACUAUAAAGAGCGCCUGCUGUAUCUGGAGAGCGGUCAGAGAGACCUGCUGAUCGACAGCUCCAGGAUCCUCAGCUGCCACGGACCGCUCAAGAACAACAGAGGACUCAAGCUGCAUGUGUUCCUGUUCCAGGACGUGUUGGUGGUGACCCGCGCCGUCUCCCAGAACGAGCAGCUGUGCUAUCAGCUCCAGCAGCAGCCCAUCCCUGUCAGAGAUCUGGAGUGGGACGACCUGCAGGACGGAGAGAUGCGCCUCGGAGGAUCCAUCAGAGGAGCCUUCAGCAACAGCGAGCGCACCAAGAACUUUUUCCGGGUGGUGUUUCACAGCGGAGGACAGCUGCAGACGCUCUGCUUCCAGGCCAGCGAUGCCUUCAGUAAACAGCAGUGGCUCAACUGCAUUCGACAGGCCAAAGAAGCUGUGUGCCCUACAGGAUCUGAGCCUCAGCUCCUCUCAGUGCAGACAGCACGUCAGGACAGAGCGAGGCCGUGCUCGGACUACAGUAUGAUGGACACCAGCGUCGCCUGCGUGGAUCUGAGCAUCGAGUGUCCUCCAGUGCACCUGACAGACGUCACCGCUGUGAAAGUGUGACUGCCACGCUGCACUGAAACAUGUGCUUCUCUGCUUAACCUGCGACCCUCUUCAGUCUGUGCUACAGGAAUCUCCCCGUGUAAAGGAAGCACGUCUCUGAGUCUGACACUGCUGUCACUGGAUCUUGUGUGGUAUUCCUGUGCCUUUCAUUCACUGUGCGGUUUCUCUCAGAAACUGACAUCGAGGAGCAUCGGUCUGCUUUUCCACCACCUGUAAGACACCAUUCACUUUAAUCACACUGUCUGUGCAAGAAAAGAGUUACAUGGGUGUAUAAGGGGAAAUAUUGUUCAGGUGUUUAACGUACAUUCAGUAAUCACUAAUAAAAGACGAGCAGUCGAGUGUUUUCACUACAUGCACGAAUUCAUCUCAGUGUGUCGCAGCACUGCAAGAUUACAGCAUUUCUGCAUCGAUGUCAGAGCCAGAUCCAGUGGGCAAUAUUUCAUCUCUAAUCCACAAACAAACUCUAUAAAGCACUUUGUUUUGAAAGUGGCUCCGCUCUGAAUGUGAUCUCAUUGGAGGAUGGACAGCUCGAGGUGUUUCCUGAUCCUGCGGAGCUGGGACUUCUUCAGUUCUUCUGUAGCAGUAAACAGGAACUGAUCCGUGUCUCUUGUGCCACGCGGAUCAUGAACCUGUCAGUGUUUGUGUGUGUGCCAAAACUGACCACUGAUGUGUCUGUGCCCAGACGUGUCUUCAGGUUUUGCAUUUUCAGAUGUGCAGCAUUAUGUAUUUAAAAACUGUUCAAAAGUAUUUGAUUCUUUUUCUUUUACAUUUUUUAUUUCUUUUUUUUUCACACGUAUUGUAUUGAAAUGUAUAAGAUGUUUAUUUAUAGUGUUUUUCACCUGAUUUACUUCACUGUAUUUAGUUUUUCUGUUUGGUUGCUGUUGGAUUAAAAGGGAACCGGACUGGAUUUAACAGAGUUGAUGUUGUAGAAAUCAGAAAUUACGGAAGAGUUUGAAGGUUAAUUAGGGUGGGAACACAUUUUUAAUACACGAGAGAGACUGACUGAUGGACAGUGUGGAACAAAAUGAAGAAAAUCAAAUAAACAUUUUAAAAACCUUAAA